CCCGCAGGCUGUGGAUGGGUAAGUCGCCGCCCUCCUCCUGCUGCUCUGCCGCGUGUGAUUGGGUUAAAGUCGGCUCCCCUUUCCCCUCUAACCCGGUGAUGUUGGCCGUUUCCUGCCUCUUCUGCCCAACUAGUGGUAGACAGAGAGCGCUGAAGCUCCGGUGAAGCACGUAGCCUGGACGAGCGGGUGGCUUUAACACCGAAACACGAAGCCAUCCAGUGAAGCAGUGCGUCCAGACCCGCAGCCAUGCGCCGGAAAUCGAGGAUAUUACUGUGUUUCGCUGUGCUCUGGAUCCUAGGAAUAGCCUAUUAUUUCUAUUCAGGGACAACGCUACAUCGGAAGGAUGACUGGGGUGCCCCAAGUUCGAGCAGAAACCAAGCAUCCAGCAACACAGACAGCAGAGCGCAGAGCCUGGAGACCCUUCCACCAGGGAAGGUCAGGUGGCAGGACUUUGAUCAGGACCUUUAUGUGGGGGCGACGGUGGUGAAGCCGGGACAGGAUCCCUACGCCCGGAACAAGUUUAACCAGGUGGAGAGCGACAAAUUACGAAUGGAUCGUGGCGUCCCAGAUACCAGACACGACCACUGUCGCCAUAAGCAGUGGAAGACGGAUCUGCCCUCAUCCAGCGUGGUGAUCACCUUCCAUAAUGAAGCUCGGUCCGCUUUAUUACGCACCAUCAUCAGUGUUCUAAAGAAGAGUCCUCCCCACCUCGUCAAAGAGAUCAUCCUGGUCGACGAUUACAGCGACAACCCUGAAGACGGGGCCUUGCUCGGGAAAAUCGAGAAAGUCCGGGUUCUUAGAAACGAUAGGCGAGAAGGUCUGAUGCGAUCACGUGUUCGAGGAGCAGAUGCAGCCACGGCCAGUGUCCUUACUUUCCUGGACAGCCACUGUGAGUGUAAUGAGCACUGGCUGGAGCCUCUGUUGGAAAGAGUCGCAGAGGACAGGACACGUGUGGUCUCACCCAUCAUAGAUGUCAUCAACAUGGACAACUUCCAGUAUGUGGGGGCGUCUGCGGAUCUCAAAGGAGGUUUUGACUGGAAUCUGGUGUUUAAGUGGGACUACAUGACGCUGGACCAGCGGCGAGCGAGGCAGGGGAACCCCAUCGCUCCUAUCAAGACUCCUAUGAUAGCUGGUGGCCUCUUCGUCAUGGACAAAGGCUACUUUGAGGAACUCGGGAAGUACGACAUGAUGAUGGACGUAUGGGGUGGAGAAAAUCUCGAAAUCUCAUUCCGGGUGUGGCAGUGUGGUGGCAGUCUGGAGAUCAUUCCCUGCAGUCGAGUGGGACACGUGUUUAGGAAGCAGCAUCCCUACACAUUUCCUGGAGGCAGCGGCACAGUGUUCGCCAGGAACACCAGACGAGCAGCAGAGGUAUGGAUGGACGAUUUCAAGAAUUUUUAUUAUGCUGCUGUACCUUCUGCACGGAAUGUGCCCUAUGGCAAUAUUCAGAGCAGGCUGGAAAUGAAGAAAAGAUUAGGCUGCAGGCCGUUUAAGUGGUACCUGGAGAACGUGUACCCAGAACUCAGGGUCCCAGACCAUCAGGACAUUGCAUUCGGAGCUCUUCAGCAGGGCGGAAACUGCCUCGAUACACUGGGCCACUUUGCCGAUGGCGUGGUGGGAGUCUACGAGUGUCACAACGCAGGGGGCAACCAGGAGUGGGCCUUGACUAAAGAUAAGUCAGUGAAGCACAUGGACCUGUGUCUGACUGUGGUCGAGCGCAUGGCAGGAACUCAGAUCAAACUGCAGGGCUGCAGAGAAAACGACAGCAGACAGAAAUGGGAGCAGAUCGAGAACAACACUAAGCUACGACACGUGGGUAGUAAUCUGUGCCUGGACAGCCGGAGCGCCCGUAACGGAGGCCUGACAGUGGAGGUGUGCAAUCCCUCGCUCACUCAGCAAUGGAAGUUCACCCUCAACCUUCAGCCCUAGUUCCUAGCCCCUACGUCCUGCGUCCUUGGCGGGUCACGGAGCAGCACACGGUCUCAGAGGGAACGCUGCCCGGCUGCAGUGGGUCUGCUCGCCCCUGCUCCCUCACCCGGGGCUAUGGGGCCAAACAGACACAAAUAACAAACAUGAAAACUUUUUUUUUUUUUCUUUUUUCUUUCUCAUCCAACUAUAUACCUCACCGUUUUAUUUUUGGUCCAGCUCUUAAUUGAAAUGCAUAGGAUUUGAGGUAUUUUAUUUUCUUCCUAUUUCAUGAUGCCAGCCAAAUGGAUUUAUUUUUUUUUUUUAGUUUUUCUUAUUUCUUUGUUGUUGAUUUUAUUUUCCUCAUUUUUUUUUGUUGUUCUUAGGAUUCAUUUUUUAAUUAAUCAAAGUUUUGUUUUUAUGUAACCUGUAAUGUUGAAUGUAAGUGACGCUCCAUUGAGGCUCCCUGUGCGAUUGGAGA